AUGAGCACCAACGACGAGGUCUUUGCAAAAGACAAUGAGUUCUGGAAGACGUAUCUGAGAGGGCGGGCGCAACCCCCUGAGAGUUUCUUUGAGAGAAUAUUUCGGUACCAUGAAGACCACGGGGGACACUUUGGUACGGUUCACGACUGUGGUGCUGGGAACGGCCCAUAUUCCCAGAAACUACGCUCCAGGUUCAAGCAUGUCAUCGUGUCAGAUGUUGCUCCUGGUAACGUCGAACUCGCUAAAGAACGGCUCGGCAACGAUGGGUUCAGCUUUCGCGUUGCCAGAGUUGAAGAUUUUGACGACAUUCCGACGGGUAGCGUCGACUUGGUCUUUGCCACAAAUGUGAUGCACUGGGUGGAGCCAUCACGGGGUGCAAAAGCCAUCGUUUCUCAACUUAAGUCAGGCGGCACAUUCAUUGCCGCUGGAUUUGGGCCGGCACGGUUUGAAGAUCAGAAAGUGCAGGACAUAUGGACCAGAAUCAGCCAAUCGGGCGGCCGUCGCCUGAUUAUGAAGGCAGAUGACCCAACCAAAAUACUCAAGGUGGCUGUGAGAAGUUCACGAUACUAUGAUGUUGCACCCACGGAUACCUCGCUAUUCGUACCCGGAACCCAGCGCAUUCAUCUAAACAUGAAUAACGGAGGCCUAACAGAUAUUGUCUACCCAGAGGACUAUGUGGCAGCCGCUGAACCCAGCUACACUGGGCCGCAGGACGAUGAAAUUUUCGAGUCCGAGGAUGGUUGGAGUUUUGAGACUGACUUGGAGGGCGUCAAGGACCAUUUUGCCACUUUUCCAUUUUCCAAGGAAGACCCCGAGGUAUUUGCAGAACUGUGGGCAGAGUUGGAGAAAUAUGUUGCGGACGGCAGACCCAUCAGAGGUUGUUGGCCAGCCAAGAUCAUUCUAGCAACGCGGGUCUGA